GCCAUUUGGCUCAGGCCAGCUCCUCGCAGGGUCGAGCGCCUUCCGCGGGGUCCCAGGGGCCAUGGCUGAUCUCGUCAAGAAGGCCGAGGAGAAACUCAAGGGCGGCUUUUUGUCCUUCCUGACAGGUGGUCCCAAGUACGACGAGGCCUCGGAGCUGUACCAGCAGGCUGCGAACCAGUUCAAGCUCCAGAAGGCUUGGCAGGAGGCGGCGAACUGCUUCGCUCAGUGCGCGCACUGCGCCCACGAGUCUGGAUCCUCUUCAGACGAGGCGAACCACCUGAAGGAGGCGGGUAACGUCAUGAAGAAGGUUUCCACAGCUCAGGCGGUCGAGUACUUCGAGAAGGCCAUCGGCAUUUACAGUGCCGGGGGGCGCUUCCAGGAAUCAGGCAAGCUCCUGAUGUCCAUAGCGGAGCUGCACGAAGCGGAGCGGCUGCAGCCGAAGCAGGUGAAGGAUUUUUACAAGCGUGCCAGCGAGAUGUUCGAGCUGGACGACCACGGCAAGUCCAAUUUCACUAAGUGCAACCUCAAGGUGGCCGAGUACGCUGCCAAGGACGGCGAGCUGGACGAGGCCAUCCGGAUAUUCGAAUUCGAGGGAGAGAAGGCGUUGCAGAAUCAGCUUCUGCAGUACGGCGCGAAGGAUCACUUCUUGCGAGCAGGCAUUCUGCACCUCUGCGGCGGGGACAGCGUCACGGUCAACCUCGCGGUGGAGAGAUACAGGUCGCUCGACCCGCGCUUUGAGGGCUCCAGGGAGGGCGACCUGCUCGCUGGCCUGGCGGAGGCCUUCGAGAACCAGGAGCGCGGCAGCCCCCGUUCAGGGCGCCCCUGCUCCGAGCUCCGUCAUGGGCGGCCUCGCCCUGGCCUCCCGCCCGUGGCGGAGGCCGAGGACGGAGGCGAAGGUCCACAGCGGGGGCUCACCGGGGGCCCGAGAGCGGGGCGCAGCAGCCCGCCACGAGCUUCCGCCUGGCCGUGCGAGGGGGGGCACGCGGCGCUCUCGCCGAGGUUCUUGGUCAAGGUCAAAGACCUGAUGAGCAAGGACAGCGCGAAUACCGUGGAGAGUGUGGACCUCUCGUGAGCCUGCCAGCGACGACGCGUUUGCUCUUUCUGUUUGCGCCGCCUUCCCCGUACCUCCCUCUCACCUCUUCUCUCCUCCUCUCUCUUCUCCU